AUGACUUUCUUCGAAAGUGUUCUCGACCAAAACAACAUGACUGUCGCACUCCUCAGGGACGAAGAUUUUUCCCAUGCCAUUGUGGAAUCUUCUGAGGCGCUACGGUGCCUAAGAAGAUGUGAGUCUGCACUACACGACCUUCCCACUAACAAGGACUACACUGGUGCCCUGGAUCAGUGCCUGAUUCUUUCUGCAAUCGGUGAAAACAUGGCGGAAUCUGGCAAGCCAUUCAUCUUCGACCACGGCAUUCUACUUCCGUUGACCAUGACAGAUUAUACCACAAUUUCUGCAAUUCUAGUUUUCAACUCCGCUCUUUCGCACCAGCUCUGGGCUACACAGAACCCAGCCUAUGCCCCCGGAUACCUGAUGAAGGCGAGACAAUUGUACCAUCUGGCCUAUCGAAUGGAAGAUGUGGAGCAUAAUGUCAUGUUUCAAAUCGCUAUCAUCAACAAUAUGGUAGUGAUUGAACGAAGCCUCGGAAAUGAAGCGGACUCGAAGAAAGACUUUGACCUCUUGCUGUCUCUGUGGAUUCUUCUACUUGAUCUGGGAUAUGGUCCCCGACUUUAUGCUGUACGUGGUUUCAUCGCCAACGGGCCAUGGAUCGAGAACGCCUCGGCCGCAUGA